CUCCUGCUUGGUUUUUGGAGAUUUUGUGUAUCGGACUCGUUGACUUCUGCGCAGUUUUUUCUUUUCUUUUGUUAUUUCCUUCAAACAGGGGAAGCAAGAGAAAAAGAAGCAAAUUUUACACCUAAAUGCCAGGGUAUCCGGUGUAACACGGAGCCCACGGAGAUCAGAGAGGACACGAGGGGCGCCUUCGGAGCGACAUCAGUUUUCAAAAUUUUCUCCAACUUCAGCCCUCAGACAAACAUUAGCAUGAUGUCGUAUCUAAAGCAACCACCUUACACAGUCAAUGGCCUGAGCUUAACAACCUCCGGGAUGGACCUUUUGCAUCCAUCAGUGGGUUAUCCAGCCACGCCACGAAAACAGAGGCGAGAAAGGACUACUUUUACGCGCGCACAGCUCGACGUUUUGGAGGCGUUGUUCGCCAAAACCAGGUACCCGGACAUAUUCAUGCGCGAAGAAGUGGCGCUGAAAAUCAACUUACCUGAGUCCAGAGUACAGGUUUGGUUUAAGAACCGGCGGGCCAAGUGUCGCCAGCAGCAGCAACAACAACAGAACGGCGGACAAAACAAGGUGCGACCCCCUAAAAAGAAAAGUUCCCCAACCAGGGAGGUGAGCUCGGAGAGCGGGGCCAGCGGCCAGUUCACGCCCCCCACUAGCACCACCACAGUCCCCGCCAUCUCCACCAGCACCGCCCCGGUGUCCAUUUGGAGCCCCGCGUCAAUUUCUCCUCUCUCGGACCCCCUGUCUACCUCCUCCUCCUGCAUGCAGCGGUCCUACCCCAUGACCUACACUCAGGCCUCGGGCUACAGCCAGGGCUACGCCGGGUCGACGUCCUACUUCGGGGGCAUGGACUGCAGCUCUUACCUCACUCCAAUGCACCACCAGCUGUCGGGGCCCGGCUCGACUCUCAGCCCGAUGAGCACGAACGCCGUCACAAGCCAUCUGAACCAGUCUCCGGCUUCCCUCUCCACCCAGGGCUACGGGACGUCCGGCCUGGGCUUCAACUCCACGGCAGACUGCUUGGAUUAUAAGGACCAAGCGGCGUCAUGGAAGCUGAACUUCAAUGCCGAUUGCUUGGAUUAUAAGGAUCAAACAUCCUCAUGGAAAUUCCAGGUCCUGUGAACAGAGCAGUAACGAUCACAUGAGACGCAGUUCAGCCAUCCUUCAAUAAAACUCAACAUCAGACUGGUUGAGCCUGGCUGCGCUCUCCUUUUUUUUUUAUCCCGGUGGUCUUCGGUACUCCUAAAGGAGAGGUUUAAUUUAUUUUAGCACUGGCAUAUAGAUUUUUUCCCCCUUUCAUUCACAACUUGUAGCCCCUCAUCCACCUCUAUCAUUGCGUGCCUCUGUGCGUAAAAACACCUGUUGAGGACAACCGCAGCCACGGAACUAAAACUUCAGUGAGUCCUGCUGAAGUGCAGACCUCUUUAAAAAAAAAUGAACCUGCUGGCAGAGAGACAUGAGGAUACUGUGUGGACAUGGAUGCACUACUUUAUUUAAGAAAAAGUGUUUAUAAGGAAUCAAUAUGUAGUUUCUAAGAGACAAUCAGUGUGCGUCUUAAAUAAAUGGUAAAUAGGUGUUUUUUUUAUCUGUGA